AUGCGUCGAAUACUAUGCUGCGGCAUUUCUCGCUUAGGCGACGGUAGCGACGACCAGCCUGGGCGACCAGUUGGACUCAACCCAAGUGCUUCUCAACAACACUCCAGCGUGUCGAAGCCAGUUGGCCCCGUGGUAUCAAAUGGCAUUGCAGCGCCUCCCUCUCUUGGCACUAGUCCCACGACUGAGCCCUCGGUCGAGAAGCAAGUCAAGCCUAAUUUGUGGGACGAGGCGAGGGGGAGGCUCUCAGAAGAAGACAAGGCGUGGAUCAACGGCAACUCCCAACAGUUUCUGGAUUCGUCCGGCCCCGGGGUCCGUGGCAUCAUUGAUCUAGUUGAUCAAAAGCGUCGACAAUGCGAAGCCAGGAGAUGGACAAACGUCGACGUAUUUGAUACCACUAUUAAUCUCUCCGAUCUGGCCAGCAACGCCAUCACGUGGCUCAACAAAUUCAAAGAGGUUGGCGACACGAUUGUCCAGUACGACCCUGGACAUGCAGCCUUGCCAUGGGCGGCGACGAGGUUUAUCCUUCAAUCCGCGAUUUCAUACCAAGAGCAUAUGGCGUUCUCGUUAAUCAGCGUUGAGAAAACAACAAGGAUCGUCCAUAGGUGCCAGAUCUACGAGAUGCUCUACAACUGCGAUACAGCCAAUGCCCAGGCUGCCAGUGGCCUAGAGCAGGCUUUGGUAGAACUGUAUGCGUCGCUUCUGCAUGUUCUCGCACGGGUGGGAAAGUUCCUGUCCAAAGACACUGCAUGGCGCUCCAUUCAUGCUGUCUUCAGGCCAACCGAGGGGACAGACCUUCUAUCAGAGCUUGAAAAGUUCGAGAACGAGGUCAUCAAAGAAGCCACCGUCUGCGAGAGCAAGCGGAGCGCCAAGGCGGAUUCCAAGACUGAAGAGCAGCUUCAAAAACUGCAAUCUCUACUGAAGCUCGAAGGGCGCAUGCUCAGAGUCGAUGAAAAUGUCCAGAAGGCCCUCGAGAGCAUAGAACUCAAGGAAUUGAUAAAAGUGCUGACGUGGAUCUCUCCCAUCGAGUACAAUCUACACCAUGACCUGAGCGAAACCUCUUCCAUCACAUUCUGGCUUCAGGGUUUUGCGGGCUCGGGCAAGACUUUCCUAACAUCGAGAGUCAUUGACCUAAUUGCAGAGAAUCUUGGAAGUAAGCGGAAUCAUGAGGGAUUCGCCUUCUUCUACUGUAACCAAACCGAGCCAACACGCCGACAGGCACUCUCGGUUCUCUGCAGCUUUAUCAGACAGCUUUCAUCACCCAAGUGCAUGUCUGAUCACCUACAUCCCAAGUUGAGGCAGCUUUACUUCGACUCUCAGCUGAAGGGUGCGGGGUGGACACUCGAUCUAUGCAAGGAGUACCUGAUUGAUCUUUUCAACUUUUAUCCUCAUACAACCGUCAUCCUGGAUGCGUUGGAUGAAUGCGAGGUUGAAGAGCGAAUAUUGCUGCUCAAUAUCUUCGAUUGGGCAACAAAAUCUUCUUCUCGGCCGGUCAAGAUCUUCGUCUCUAGCCGCCCGGAAGCCGACAUUCGACAACGGCUCAUCAGCCUCCCCAAUCUCGAGAUCUCAGCCAAGAACAACAACGACGAUAUUUCCAGGUUUAUUAAAGAGAGUGCUGAUAGCCCGGGCCCAUGGAGUCCAGUCUUGGAGAAAAACAAGGCCUUGAAGAACGAGAUUGUCCAGACGUUGAUCAAAAAGAGUGACGGCAUGUUCCAGUGGGCGAGGCUACAGGUCGAUCAACUCAGGGUCUUGGAACAUGAAAACGAUCUUCGAGACAGGCUUGGAAGACUUCCCAAAGAUCUCAAGUCAUCAUAUGACGAGAUUUAUCAGAGGAUCCAAGAUCGUCCCGAAUACUCGAGAGUUCGGACUCUCAGGGCUCUCAAGUGGGUGACAGCAUCAGCCCGCCCGCUCAAGACCAAAGAGCUCCUAGCUGCGAUACGUUUGGACCCAGACAAAGAAGAGGUCGAUAAGGCUGGCGAAGUUACAGAAGAGCAACUUCUUGGCUGGUGCGCAAACUUGCUGAUUCGAGACAAGAACGAGUAUUAUUCCAUUAUCUGGCGGCCUUGCCACCUGUCAGUAGUCGAAUAUCUCGAGGACCGCUCCACGAUGCCCACUGCGCAUUUAUUCGUUACACUGGCCAGUUUGUUUUUUCUGGUUGUCCAACCGGAUAAAAAAGACCCUUUGUGCAGUCUACAACCUUACGCUCGCAAGCACUGGAUGGAACAUGUCCAAUCAUACGAUAAGGCCAGCAUUGACUUUGCGUGCGCCCCACAUAAUAGAGUCGCUGCCAUGUUGAAGAGGUUUCUCGGUUCACCAACGCAAAGGUCUGAUGCGUAUGUCCAAUGGACCCAGUUCGAUGAUUUUUCUUCCAACAUUGAUCCUCCAUUUUCUGUUUGCUUUUACCCAGUUUUCUACCCCCUACGGGACUGGUGGGAGUCGGACGACGUGAAAGUUGAUCACUUGGCAUUGGAUCAUGACGGGGAGGGUCUUUUGACAGUCGCGGCCAGGUCAGGUUGCAUACCAAUAUGCGACAAUCUAAUCAAACGAGGCAUACCGGUGAACCCUGAAAAAUACGGCACGGGCUAUGAGAGCCCUCUUGCAGCAGCAGCAGCAAACGGACAAGCCCCUAUGGUUAAGUUUCUCCUCGAACGAGGUGCCCAUGUGGACUUGCUUCUGAAGGACGGCCACUAUGGGAGCGCUCUUGCUGCAGCACGCGAUGCCAACGUAUCCCAAAUUUUGAUCGACAACGGGGCAGACAUUAAUCUCAUGCUAGAAGCUGGAUACUACGGCAGUGCUCUUGCUGCGACCAGAGACAAGGACAUUGCCCAACUGCUAGUCGACAAAGGAGCAGACGUGAACAUGAUCCUCAAGGCUGGAGGAUUCGGCAGCGCCCUGGUUAGCGCGAUAGCCGCCUAUGCUGACGACGUGGUUGAAUUGCUCGUUGAGAAGGGUGCAGAUGCCAAUUUGCCACUGCUACGUGGGAGAUAUGGGAGUGCUUUGAUUGCUGCCGCAUACACGGGGAAUGUGCACAUUGCCAAGCUUCUCGUCAAGCACGGAGCGGAUGUUAAGUACCUCCCGCCCGUUUGUUCUUACGGAAGUGCUCUCAUUGCCGCUUCGUCAAUUUUCCAAAGCAACGAGACUUUGCUGCUUCAGUUUCUGAUUGAGAAAGGAGCAGAAGUGGAUUCCAUCGCCAAAUCGGGCCAUUUCGGAAGCGCCCUUGCUGCUGCUGCUCAUUCUGACCGCCCGGUUGAGCAGUGCAUCUCCGUGAUGGAUCUUUUGAUAGAAAACGGGGCGAAUGUGAACCUCGCCAUCUCCACUGGAAUAUACGGCAGUGCUCUUAGAGCAGCAGUCAGUUCCAGGCGUCCCUCAGCCGCCGUCUGCAGGUAUCUGCUGAAGAAGGGGGCAGAUGUCCACCUUCAUGUCCCGCAUGGGUGCUACGGAAGCCCUCUCAUUGCGGCCAUGCAAUCGGGGUCGGAAGAAGUGGUUAAAUCCCUGCUCGAAGAGGGAGUGGAAGUUGAUCAGAUACCCGAUGGGGAGAAGGUCGUCUUUGGAACUGCCCUAAUAGCAGGAGCAUAUUGGGGAUUCGCACGGGGCGUUCAGAUGUUGCUGGAGGCUGGAGCUCUAGUGAAUCUGCAGUCUAAAGUUGGGAGAUUUAGGACUGCUCUCGAAGCUGUCAGGGCAGAUUUGACAAAUGAAGGAGGCGUGUUUAAGGAUCCCCUGUGGAAGUGGAGGCGGGCGUUGGGUGAGGGGAUUGAGGAAGCACGAGAUAGAAUGAAGCUCCAGGUAGAGGAGCUGCUGAUAACACACGGGGCAACCGAAUGA